AAUUUUAUCUUAAAUUCUGUGAUUUUUCGAUAAUUUUUAAUGAAAGUGACUUUAUUUCACGGUUUUUAUGUGAAAAUCCAUCCAACUCAAGUGCUACAAAUACUCAAAGUGAAUCUCCGGAACAUGAAACUCUGACUCAUUACAUUAAUUAAUAUUAAUUUAUGGACUUUUGACGAACAGUGCUCUCAAUUAAUCAUCAUCAACAUCAUCGAAUCUCAUCGUCGUCGUGAGAUAUGAGAAUUGGAGGAAAUUGUGUGAAAAAAUGGGAAAGGCUCGCGUAACGGCGGAAAAAUCUGAAAAUUCGAAAGAGUGCAUUGGGCGACUUUUCUCACGACAUCGCAGUCGAGUUAUGCGCAACUACCCUCUCCGAAACACUCGCAUCUAGUGUCUAAUAGUAAUAAAUAAAAAAAAAUAAUUAACAAAAAAAUAUAACAAAUAGAAAAAAUUAUAAAAAAAAAUGUUUACGGGUACAUUACGUUUGAAAAUCCAUGAAGCUGCAUCACUACGGCCAACAGACUUUCAAAAACGACACAAUUUCGGGAAGCUCGGCGAUGCAACACAGCAACUGCUCGAUCCCUACGUCUCGAUAGACGUCGACGAAAAGUUCAUUGAUAAAUCCACAACAAAGAAACAAACAAACGAUCCAAAAUGGGAUGAAACAUUCAUACAUGAGGUCGAAAAUGCAAGCACAUUAGGCAUCACAAUAUUCCAUCAAGCGCUGCCCUCAGAUGUGUUUGUCGCCAAUUGCACGAUACCUUUCGACGAUAUUUCCGAGCGGCAGGACCAGGAGCAGCAAGACUUUUGGGUCGACCUGGAGCCGGAGGGCAAAAUCAAGAUACGAGUUGAUGUAAAAUGGACACAAGAAACCACCGCAGCCGAAAAUGUGUCACGUCGUCAGAUAACGCAAACGAAAGAGCAACCGUUCUUGAAUCGACGACGUGGUGCCAUGAGACGGCGUGUUCAUCAGGUGAAUGGACACAAAUUUAUGGCAACAUUUUUACGUCAACCGACGUUUUGUUCUCAUUGUCGGGAGUUUAUUUGGGGGUUAGGAAAACAAGGUUAUCAAUGUCAAGUGUGCACAUGUGUCGUUCACAAGCGAUGCCAUCUGAGUGUCGUCACGAAAUGUCCAAAGAGGAAAGAUGAGCAAAACAAAGCGCAACAAGAGAUCGUGCAACGUUUCAAUGUGAAUGUUCCGCAUCGAUUUACGGUGCAUUCGUUCAAACGCUUGACAUUCUGUGAUCACUGCGGGUCGUUGUUGUACGGCAUCUUCCGACAAGGCUUGAAAUGCGAAGUUUGCAACAUGAAUAUCCAUCGGCGGUGCCAAGAUAACGUCGCGAACAACUGUGGCAUCAAUACGAAGCAGUUGGCCGAGAUUUUGAGCGAAAUGGGAAUUACGAUGGACAAAACUCCGCCCAGGAAGACAAGAUAUAAUCAGUCAAUUAGUGACACGAGUAGUGUUUGCACUGACCGUACUGAUAUCACGUCCUUGGAUUCCUUCAAAGAUAGCGAUGGCGAGCCAAAAGCAUCGACGAGUCGUCACAGCGUUGCUUCGACAGAUUCGGAGCGUCAUCGUCAGGGCAAGUUCUCGCUGAACGACUUCAAUUUCAUCAAGGUGCUCGGCAAAGGUUCCUUCGGCAAGGUGAUGCUCGCCGAACGCAAAGGCACCGACGAAGUAUACGCCGUCAAAGUGCUGAAAAAGGACACGAUCCUGCAAGACGACGACGUCGAUUGCACAAUGACGGAAAAACGGAUACUGGCGUUGGCGGCAAAGCAUCCCUUCUUGACGGCGCUCCAUUCGUGCUUUCAAACGCCCGAACGACUCUUCUUCGUUAUGGAGUACGUGAACGGGGGCGAUCUCAUGUUCCAAAUUCAACGUGCCAGAAAAUUCGAUGAGCCACGUGCCGCAUUCUACGCUGCCGAAGUUACGCUUGCGCUGCAGUUUUUGCAUCGAAACGGCGUCAUUUAUCGCGACUUGAAGCUCGAUAAUAUUCUGCUUGACUCCGAUGGGCAUUGCAAACUUGCGGAUUUCGGCAUGUGUAAGGAGGGCAUCAAAGAUGGCAAUUUGACGUCGACAUUUUGCGGUACGCCGGAUUACAUUGCGCCCGAAAUUCUGCAGGAACUCGAUUAUGGGCCUUCCGUUGAUUGGUGGGCACUUGGCGUGCUGAUGUACGAAAUGAUGGCGGGACAACCGCCCUUCGAGGCAGACAAUGAAGACGACUUGUUCGAAGCAAUUUUGCGAGAUGACGUCCUUUAUCCCGUUUGGCUGUCACGCGAAGCUGUUUCAAUUCUCAAAGGAUUCAUGACAAAAAAUCCCGCCCGUCGUCUCGGAUGCACAACAGAUGGCGAAAAUCAAAUUCGCGUUCACAACUUUUUCAAGGACAUGGACUGGGAGGCAUUGGAAAACCGUAAAGUAAAACCACCGUUUAGACCACGUGUGAGAAGUGCACGCGACGCAUUAAACUUCGACACGGAAUUCACCAAAGAGGAGCCCGUACUGACGCCCGUAGCGAACGACAUUGUGCGUUGCAUAAACCAAGAGGAAUUCGCUGGAUUUUCGUUCACCAAUGCCGAAUUCGGGCCCGAACGGAAGAUUGUUUGCUAGGCCUCAACCAAAACCCUUUCAUCGUCACAUGAAAAGGGCAAGAAACCGUCUAAAAAAUGCAAAUAAUCCUCAGAACUCUCGUCCGUUAAUUUUUUUUUUUUUUUUUGAAAAUUCAAAACUUUUACUAUUUUAACGAACAAUGAAAGAAAAAGCCAUUCCUAUAUAAAAAAAGAAAGAAAAACACCGACGUAACCUUUCAACGUUAUGUGAGAAGGUUUUCCCCACCUUCUGCGGAUAACAAAACAAGACUAAAAAAAUAAAUUUUCUCAAAUUCUCACAAAUUUGACAACGGAUCGCACAACAACUGUCUUAGUCAGUGACUAAGGUUGUCAGUAUUUUAUUUUUAUUUUCUUUUAUUAACGCGAAAAAUUUAUAAAAAUACUCUCAAUGAAUAAAAAGUGAACAUCUAGUCAGUUUUACUCAUAUUUUAUU